ACAGUACAGUUUCUACCAUCUGAGUUUCUACCUUUCUACACAACUUGCUGUCGGUUGGUUUGGUUUGUUUGUGGCAAAAUAAUUUCGUUUUGUUUUCAAAUAUUAUGCCAACUUGAACUGCAAUCAGAAAAACAAAAUAUAUCAUAAAAUAAUUGAACACUAACUUAUUGGUAGUGUAGCAGCGACUUUAAUUUGUAAACCAGCCAAACAUUCCACACAUCAUCUCUGUUUUGAAUUAGAAUUUGAUCAAAUGAUCUGAACCAGGAUUCCUGCAGAAUGCCGAUUAGAUGUAUGUAUCUUCAGUGCGAGACGGAGGUGUAUAAAUCUAACAAAUCACUGUUUCGUUUCCCUGCCAAAGAUCCAAAGCGUUUAGAAAAAUGGAUUCAAAACUGUGGUAAUCCCCGCACAGCAAAAUAUUCAAAAGAUGCCUUCAAGAAUAAAUAUAUUUGCAUUGAUCAUUUUGAAAAGAAGUUCAUUAGAAAUGAAGGAGGGCAACGUAAGAGACUGACGAGAGACGCUGUGCCUACUCCUUAUGAAUGGGAUGCGUCGAAGCUGUUCACUGAUCUACCCGCGCCAUCUACAACCGAAGAAUAUCAGACCAGUAGCAGCGGAGGUCGCUAUAGAAAAGUUCCGGUCCACACUGAAGACUUCUGCUUAUUCGAAGACUGCAGCUUGACUGAAGAAGCCUCUGAACCGGAGUUGUCAGCAGACCCGGGGUCAGAUCAUCAGGAGCUCCAGGUGCAGGCGCCCUCGAGGUUCUACAGGAAACAAAUGAAAACAGACAGGGCCACAGAUGUGAAUGAUGUGGAAGUAGUCCAGAGUCACCACCAGUGCGCGGAGUGCCACCAACCGAUGAAAGGGUUCCAGUGGUGGUGCCUCGUGUGCGGCGCGCGGUGCGGCCCGUGCGCGCGCCGCAUGGCGCACCGCCCCCACUUCCUGCUGCGCGCGCCCGCCGGCGCCUCCUACGAGCAGACGCGGGCGGUGAUAGCGGCCGUCCUGCAGCAGCUGCGCGCCGAGGAGCUGCUCGCGCCGCGGGACGUCGUCAGGCACCUCGACCACAACGGGGUAGAGGUGUGCGGUGGCGAGGAGCCGGUGGUGAAGGCGGAGCCGCCGGAGCCGGCCGCCGACCCGCUCCACGACUCUGACGAACACGACUCCGACCGAGACGACCCCGACUACCGGGCCUGUCUGGACGCUCUACGCACGGACACCCUGCCCAACCUGCCGGACCUAGACCAACCCGCGUCAGACCAACAAGACCAUCGCCUGUCGGAUCAAGAGGAGCGAGACCACUGUCAGUCUGACCAAGAAGACCUUCACCGACGCUUAUCUGAUCUAGAAAACCACGACCAUGACUUACCUGACCAAGAAAACUUGGAGCGGUGUUUGUCUGACCAGGAAAACCGCAACCAACAUUCUCCUUACCGAAAAGACCUCGACCGACACUUGCCUGACGUAGAAAAUCUAAGAAAUUCCUCGCCUGAUUUAGACCCGCUUGGACAAACGCAGACGAUCGACACCAUCAGGUCAAAUAAAAAAAUAGACAACCCAGAAAAACACUCGGCAAAUCAAGAUAGUACGGACAAACAUAGACAAUAUAGACGUAAACGUAAACUCGGGUACGACCGACCGGCUUUGAUAGACCAUCAACUCGAUGUCAGUCAAUCGGAUCCACUCGACGAGUCAAUCGAUUACCAACCUUCCAACGACUGCACAUCCAUCAACCUACCAGUUUGUUACACUGAGAAAUGUUUAAGCCUCGAGGACUUCCCGCCCUCGGGUCUCGAUACCUCCGACCAAAGUGAACUAGAUGUGCGAUACUCGGCCAGCAUUCGGUCGAGCAUCAGGUACUCGCCGGACCGGUCCCGCGACCAGCUCGACCAGUGGUUCUCCAUGUCGCAGUCGCACGGACUCUACUUCCCUGAACAAGUCAACAAGGGUGCUGGAGCAAGAGUACCCGAUAAGGUAAGCUGUUCUUUUUAUGGUCGGCAGUCCAGAGCAACGAGCAGAGCCCCCUCCCGCGAGUCGUGCAGCGCACCCACGUCCGGACUCGCGCCGGCGACUGACACCACGCCGGAGACACGUCCACACGCAUACAACAUGCAGCCGAUAUACUCAAGUCUACGCCGGCUCCACACAGAGCCAGCGUACGCGCGAGGCAAUUUCCUCGCGCACAAAGCCUUGCGCGUAUGCUCGGUCUAUCUGGACCCGGCUAUUGUGAAACAUUCGUGA